CGACUGGGACAAAACACUUUGGGACACCGAGAGCUACAAAAUUAUUUGUAAGGUUGUUUUGUGCGAAAAAUUACUUUAGCGGCUAGUUUUCUGUAAAAUUUAAUAAAUUCACAAUUGAAAAGAAUGGAAGUGGACGAGGAUGAGUUUGAGCAGCCCACAUCGAGCAGCAACAAGGGCGAGAAGAAGAGAUUCGAAGUGAAAAAGUGGAAUGCUGUGGCUCUGUGGGCUUGGGAUAUCGUCGUGGACAAUUGCGCUAUUUGCCGGAAUCACAUCAUGGAUCUCUGCAUUGAGUGUCAGGCCAAUCAGGCCUCAGCCACCAGUGAAGAAUGCACAGUAGCCUGGGGAGUGUGUAAUGUGAGUAAAAGAAAAAACAACUGGGAAUGUUUAUCCUUUCCGGACUCUGAAUUUUGUGUCCUUUCAGCACGCCUUCCACUUCCACUGCAUCUCACGCUGGCUCAAAACACGCCAGGUCUGUCCGCUGGACAAUCGGGAGUGGGAAUUCCAAAAGUACGGUCACUAAACAAUCCCCAAAAAAAUGCGAUUCUCAAUAAAACAUUAAAAAAAAAUCCUUUGAAGACGUGAAAGGGCGUUUUUUUUUAUCUCAAAAGACCUUGGCUUUUUUUUCUUAAUCUCUGUCUCUCUCUCAUUAUUGAAUUCCUAAAAUUGCAGUAAUUAUACAUUAUUUUUUUAUCACAAAUCAUUUGUUUGCAAAGUUGUUUGAAAAUUCUUGUAGCUCAUUCCGCGCUUUCAUCUUUCGACUUUCCUCUUUUUUUUUUAAAUCUCUUCCACUUUUUUUCUCAAGAAAAACAGGAAAAAUCUCGCGCAUUUAUGAAAAAAAAAAUUAAACUAGUUAUACAAAAAAAAAAGGAAAACAUUAGGGUAAUAGUUCUUACAAGAUAAAACUUACUACAAAAAAAAAGAAACAAAGAAUAAAAUCGGGUGGUAAAAAUUACUCAAAUUUUUCUUCUACACCUUAAAAAAAGAAAUCCUUAUCAUCUAAAAAUUCAACUACACGUGAUUGAUGCGAAAAACAAAAAAAAUGGGGACGAUAAGAGAACAAUUUGACAAUUUCUUUAGCAACUACAAUGAAUAAUCUGGCUCCUACAUUCUACUGCAACUUCUCAGAAAUAUCCAUAUUUUGCAGGAAGAUUGCAUUAACCUCCUGAAUAAGCUCCGCCCAUAUAGGUCACGCCCCUUUUGAAAUUUAUUAAGAAAAAAUAUUUUUAGUGAAAAAACUCAAAUUUAGUAAGGAAAUAUUACAUUUUGGGCAAAAUUUAACUCGGUAUUGAUCAGAAAUUAUUUUAAAUUAUAAUUAGAAGGCCAAAAUAGUUCAUAGUGGCACCGGCCGGCACAUCUUUUAGGUCAGGAAUAUUUCAUGAAGUCAAAAUUUAGAUCCCUUUUCACACUUUUCCUUUAUUUGAACAUCGAGUUCGAUAGACUUAUGUAAAUCUUUUGAGAAAGUGACGCGAAUUUUAAUUUUGUGAAAUUUUACCGAUCUAAAAAGUGUACCAGGGGCAUAAUGGCAUCGGCAGAUCUUUUAGAUCAAGAAAAUUUCAUAAAGUCAAAAUUUAAGUCCCUUUCUUAAAAGUUUUGCGUCUGUCUAUUCUAUUAUUUCGCACACUUCUCCUUUAUUUUAAAAGAUCUGUCGGUGCAAUUAUGCCCUCGGUACACUUUUUAGAUCGGUCAAAAUUCAUGAAAUCAAAAUUCGCGUAAUUUUCUCAAAAGAAUUACAUAAAUCUAUCCCACUCUUUCGGAUACAAAAUUGGAUUGAAUUAAAUUUAUUCUUUUGAGAAAGUGACGCGAAUUUUGUUUUCCUGAAAUUUUACCGAUCUAAAAACUGUACCGGAAGCAUAAUGGCACUGGUAGAUCUUCUAUAUCAGGAAAAUUUCAUGAAGUCGAAUUCACAUCCUUUUCUUUCUCACACACUUUGCAUAAUGUCUAUCUUAUUCUUUCGCACUCUUCUUCUUCUUUUAAGCAUCAUAACAAAUUCAAUUUCAGCAUGAUUGAAUUUGGAAUGCGAAAGAAUGAGAUAGACAUCUGCAAAACGUGUCGUGUCAGAAAGGGAUUUGAAAUUUGAUUUCAUGGAAUUUUCCUGAUCUAAAAGGUGUGCCGGACCCCCCUUUCAAUAUUUUCCUUCAUUUCCAAGAAUAUUUUACGAUUUUAAUUUAU